AUGGGAAACUUCUUCAGGAACCAGCCAUUUAUGCUGCUCAUCAUUGCCCUGAUUUUGAUUUCCCCGACUUUAGAAACGAGAGGUUCCGGUGAGGAGCAAAUUCUGGAGGUCAAAAAUGAAUUCAUGCAGGUCAACUUUGUGUGGCACAAACAUGCAGCUAACCAUUGGUGGAUCAAAAUGAACGAACACCAAGAUGAGGCAGUCACCAUCACCAAUUAUCACUUCUUACAAUCGAUGAAGGAGGUGUCCGUUGACCUGUCCUUUGACUUUUAUCUCUUUGGGCACAAUAUCAGGAAGGUAAGGCUCAGUAAACAUGGCGGAAUUCGAUCAUUUGGAAACCAUACCGCCAGUGAUUGGUACAUCUCCCCCUUGUCCGUCGAUCCUUCUCGAGUGAAGCACUCCAAGGUUCAAUACAUAGACUUCGGCAACGCCUUUGCAGUCCGGUGGGAAUUUGAAUCUGAUGAUUGGGAUGGAAAGCUAAGCUUUCAAGCUGUUGUGCAAAGAAAUGGCAUCAUUGAAUUCGCCUACAAGCAAAUUCCUUUCGGCUCCUUGGCAAAUUUCAGACAAAUAUCGCAAGACAUAACCAAUGUCUUUGGCGUCGCACACAGUUACAAGCUGCUAGAUACGACGUUUUGGCUCGGCUAUACCGUUUUAAUUGAAGACCAUGACAGAUUAGCGGGAGGCUCGAUGAUCUAUUUCAAGCAGCUGCCCUCAUGCUCAAACUACAGGUCGUGUGGAAUGUGCAACUUCCCGCCUAUGACCAAUGAGCUUGGCCAGAUAAAAUGCUCCUGGUGCCCUGCGAUCCAGAGUUGCUCCAGCAAGAAGGACUUUCUGUGGGACGCGUGGCAACGCAAUGAUUGCGACCAACAAGAGAUUUCGGACAUGAAUCAGUGUCCUGAGAAUCAAGAUUUGACGCAUGCGCCAGGCUUGACCAUUCAGAGCGAAGAACACUUCCUGGGCGCCAAAAAGACAUUUGAUCCAUUCACUGGACUUCCAGUUGGAAACAUGGUCGUCUAA